UUCCAAUGAUAGCUUGCUAUGUCGCUGUUCUAAGCAAAAUCUCUUACUAAACUCUAAUUUAUUUAUUUAUUUUAUGGAUUUUGGGUCUCUCUCUCAUCCUAACGCUUUCUCUUUAGAUUUUAACCGUCCUCUAAGAUUCUCAUGAUUACCCGCCAACUGAAUGUCAAAACCCUCCACAGGAUACCCAGACAACGGUCAAAAACAUUCAAAAACUUCCACUCUGUUCGACAUGAAGACCAACUGUUCGAUAAAACUCCUAAACCAAACCUCGUCUUUGUCCACCAUUCUUUGCUCAAAUCUUUGCACCAAAAUCGACAUUAUGAAGCUCUUGGUAUCUUCAAGAAACACCUUGAAAUGGGAAUUGCUAAUAUUGAUGAAGUUGCAAUUGCCAUUGCCGUCAAGGCUUGUCGUGGAGACCCGAAACUCGGGUGCCAAAUCCAUGGAUUCGCCAUAACAACUGGAUUUAUGUCAUAUUUAAGUGUCUCAAAUUCUUUAAUGAACAUUUAUUGUAAAUCAGGACAGCUAAAUCGGGCUUCAAGUAUUUUGGAGAACUUGGAUAACCCCGAUAUUGUUUCGUAUAAUACCUUACUUUCAGGUUUUGAAAAUGGCGAAGAUGCCUUAAGUUUUGCCUGUGGAAUACAUUCAGUUGGAGUUGUUUUCGAUGCAGUGACUUAUACUACAAUA